GCCGGUACUUAGGUAUUUAGAGCUUCUCAAUUUAGACUCUUAAGUUAUUGUAGCAGACGGUAGGGUAACCGACGAUACAAAGUGAUAGAUGCGGGACGAACUAAACACUACCUACGAGUAAUAAAUUAGACUCGCUUUCGAUGUAAUAAGAGUGUUCACCUUUAGGAGGCCAUAAACUUUUAUCAUACCCCACGUUUAGUAACUAUCAAACCACCAGAUAACCACCCGGCUAACUCUGGUUUGGCCGAAAACAUGGGGAAGCUGCACGCCGGCGCUAUUCUGUCCGCUAAUCGAUGCUAAGAAGCCAGCGGAAUUGCCCCGAGCGAGCCGUCCAGGCGUUAUGACAUCUAGCUAAUCUGCCUCUAUCGUCAGUUGGAAGUCUGUAGUUCAGUGGCAAAAUUAAGCUGCAAAGCCUCGGACUUCUUCAAUACAUGAUUUAGCACGCCAUCAUGUUCUACCAACCGGGUAAAACACCACAUCGGCUGCCGCGGGAUCCCUUUAAGGCCUGCGUAGUGCCCCGGCCGAUUGGCUGGAUCUCAACACGAUCACCAGAUGGCGUUGACAACCUCGCGCCGUUCUCUCAAUUCAACAACCUGACAUUCGACCCUCCAUACGUCAUGUUUUCAGCAAACCAGACCGAGCUGGGCGUACGCAAGGACACAACGAUCAAUACUGAGGCGUCAGGGGAAUUUGUGUGGAACAUGGCAACAUACCCUCUGCGAGAAGCAGUCAACAUCUCAGCGGAGCAAGUUCCCUAUGGAACAGACGAGUUCGAGCGCGCAGGUCUGACCAAGGCGCCUGCGCACCUGGUACGUUGCUCUAUGGUGCGCGAUUCGCCUAUCCGAUUCGAGUGUCGCUAUCAUAGCACCCUGAGGCUCCCUGGAAACCCUCCGAUGGGUACUGUCGACAUCAUCAUCGGCCUUGUUGUUGGUGUCCAUAUCUCGGAAGACGUGUUGACUGAUGGCAUUGUUGACCUUUCCAAAGCCCAGCCUAUUGCUCGCUGUGGCUAUUUCCAAUAUACCCGUAUUUCGGAAACAUUUGAGAUGGUGAUUCCUGGAUCCGGAAAGGUUCUUUAUGGCCUGGAAGGCAGCGCUGCGCGCAAUGCGGAGGAGGCUGCGGCACAUGCUAAAGAGGUCAGCGAUAAACCGAAACUAUGACGGAAGGGAGAUUGAAUGGAAUUGAAUUGUCAGAUGGUGUUUUCUUUGCUGGAAAUUUCAUAGAACAACACUUGUUAAGAUUGAUUUCACCCUCUUGGUGUUUUAGUCCAAAUUACUACUGGUGUUUGCUAGAGCUGCCUUCGUACAGUACGUCCCACCUGAAUGGUAAAUGAUCAGGAGCGUAGUUCUAGUCAAAGAUCUCUCUCAAUACCGACAUUCUAGCUCUUCUCCAAUUACAAUUUGUAUAUCAUAUUACUGCAAAAGACUGUUAUGUAUUAUCGAUUUUUGAAUUUUAGUGGCACGUCACAUCCUUCUC